CUAUCGAAGAUAAAAAUUUUGCUAUUGUAUAUAUUUAUACAUCAAUAACUCUCAAUACAUAUAAAACUAUCGUAUCUAAGCAAAAAGAAUAUGGAUCUCUUGAAUUGAGCGAGUCUAUCAUCGAAGAAUCAGAAGUCCUUAGAGAGAACAGUGUGAAUAUGGAAAACUCUAGUACUACUAAUAAAGCGCUCCAAUAUACAGAAUCAAAUUCAUGGUGGUGGAAAGACAAAGCCAGCGAGUAUCUAUUACAAGCUGGUAAUGUGAUUGUAGGCGGUGUAGCUGCUGGUAGUCUCCCUGUUGGUGGUCUUACUGCUGGUGGUCUUACUGUUGGUGGUCUUACUGUUGGUGGUCUUAUUGUUGGUGGUCUUAUUGUUGGUAGUCUUACUGUUGGUAGUCUUAUUGUUGGUAGUCUUACUGUUGGUGGUCUUAUUGGUGGUUCUAUAGGCUUGGUUGGUGGUAACAGCUUAAAAAAUAUGGAUACUAAAGAAUCAUUAAAGCGUUCUGAUACACAUGUGAUUAAUCGAGCGAGCAAGGAAGAUAAUAUUCCCGUUAAUAAAUUUACUUUUACGAAAGAAAUUCUUCUAGCUGUUCACGAAGGUUUACGUUCUUUCGUCAAUUCCGAAACUGCUCAUAUAAUUUGCAGUGCCCAACAGGACGAUGGAUCCUUUACUCUACAUUCAUUUAUAACUGAUCAUCUUGGUAUAAAAUCAGUUGACGUUACUAAAUCCCUUAGGCGUUUCGUUGGUAGCCCUCAAUUAAGAGAGUGUAAUGAUUCUGUUUGGCACACGGCUUUUACAAUCUACUAUUUUAGGGUUGUAUUAAUGAACCAUAAAAAGGAAUGGCACCAUGUUUAUGACCGUGCUAAUAAAUGGCUAUCUAAACAGAUUAAAGGCACUAAAUUGAAGAAAAAAUUAUUUUCUGCGUGUAAACAAUAUUUAAUUGAAAAAG